AUGCCCCUCCCGCUCCCCUGUGAGCGCCUCCCUCUCCUCCUCUCUCCCCCACCGCGCCGUGCCCGCGCCCGUCGGCGCUCUCGCGCGCCCCUGUGGUUGAGCCCCUCGCUCGCGUUCGUCCCCACCCGUCGCUGGCCGCGCCCAGUGCCCCGCAUCCCAUUCCGCUCACCGCCCCGCGCCGGCGCUGUCGAGCCGCGGCCGCCCGCCGGUGGCCUCUUCCCACUUCACCCCCCGGCGCGCGUGACCUGGCUAUUCCGGCCACCGCUCGCCCGGCCUCCCUCGCCGCACUCCACCCGCGUCGCAGCCGCCCUGCUCGCCGGCGCUCCCGCUCGGGUGAAGCCGUGCCCGGCGCUCGCGCCCAUCGGGCGCCCACGGCCCGCCCGCUAG